GAAGAUUGGUCCGUCAAAUCCUUCUGAUACAAAUGGAACAAGACCACUCGGCUUCGAAGAAAAUGAGAGUGGACGAUGCAGCCGAUUCUGUGAUGACUGAAGCACCUGCCCCUGCCACUGCAUCAAGUAUGAAUCAGCAAUUAUUCUGGAGCCAGUGGCAGCUGCUGGACUCCAUCCUUCCCACCGGGGGUUUCGCACACUCCUACGGCCUCGAAGCCGCUAUGCAAUCGCGCAUAGUGAACAACCCAGAAGACCUGAGGUUAUUUCUCAUUCAAGCCAUGGAGAACGUUGGCAGCCUGCUGCUUCCGUUCGUGUACUGCGCCAGCAAGUCUCCUGACGCCCCGACAUGGGUCAAGCUAGAUCAGCUGCUGGAAGCUACGUUGACGAACGAAGUCGGCAGGAAGGCGUCAACGUCGCAGGGCUCGGCCCUGUUGAGGGUGGCCGCGUCUGUCUUCACCGAAAUUCAGGCUCUGCAAGACCUCCGGAAGACAUUCCUCGGCUCCACGAGCGUGUCGUUUCACCAUGCACCCAUAUUCGGGUUGAUAUGUGGGUUGGUCGGAUUCGAUAGCGAGACCACGCAGAGGGCUUACAUGUUUGUGACGAUGAGGGAUGUGAUCUCCGCAGCGACGAGGCUUAAUCUGAUCGGACCGCUUGCUGCUUCGGUGUUGCAGCACCAGGUUGCUCCAGAUGCUGAGAGGAUGGUGCAGAAGUGGAGGGACCGUGAUGUCUCAGAAGCUUCACAGACCGCGCCACUGCUUGACGCGUUACAGGGCUGCCAUGCUUACAUGUUCUCUAGGCUGUUCUGCUCCUGACUAUGAGGUUGCUGAAUGUGAUUCGGUGUAAGUAUGCCCACAGUUUUACCUCGGAGAAGUGCAGGCUUUGGUUAAAGAAAAAUGGCAUCAGGGAAUUAAACACCCCAAAGACAGAUGCUCAGUAUGAUUCUUUUUUAUUUACUUGCAAGCAAGAUUGUACAGCAAUGACACCAGUACAUUAUGUUCAUGCGUGUGAGCCCUCCCUAAUUAUCUAUAACAUUAUGUUCAAUGACACCAGUACAUUAUGUUCAUCUGUCUGCAGCUUCAACAAUUACACCAUCGAUCGAUGUAAUUGUACCUCACAUAUUAUAGAUAAACAUUGUUUUCUUCUGCUCUGUGAUACUACAAAGUACUGGAUCUGUUGCUCCAGCUCUAUCUAGAUUACUGAGCUACAACAGAUUGCUUGGCUUUAAGGGUCUUCUCAUAAUCCUCGAUGAACUUGAAGAGCUCGGAGAAGUUGCCCUUGCCAAACCUGCCACAGCAACCCUUCUGGUACUCUUGCCCGACCUCGUCCUUCUCCAUGCACCCUAUUCUUUGAAUCAUCUCCAGGAAAAACAUUGGCCUGAACACAAUAGCUGAUGCAGUUAGAUUUGGAAUC